AUGUCAAAUUGCGUUUGUCGUUGCGUCACGUUCACAGUGAUCAUUUUAGGAGUCCUAGCUUUGAUCGCAUGGCUAAGUCUACUUACGAGGAAGCCUAAAUGUUCCAUCAGAGAUGUUUACGUGCGAGGCCUUGAUAAAUCAGUCAACUCCAACAAUAAUAUCGCGAGACGUGACAAUCAUGUAUCGUUUAUACUCAAUUUGAGGAACCGAAUGAACCAGUCUGUUCGUUAUGAUGACAUUAUACUUAAUUUUUACUAUGGUAAGAAUACAAGUUUUCUUUUUUGUUACCCUAUUGGUAAUUAUACAUUUAAUGGAUUUAAACAAGGUAAAUAUAAAGAAGUUUUUAAAGGUGGCAUGAUUGAGACACAUAAUAUGCCAUGGGAUGAUGGAAUUAAGGCUGUUUCUAAUGGAUCUAAAGCAAGUUUUAGAGUUGAUGUGAGUAGUAGAAUUAGUUACAAGAUUAUAUUUUGGUAUACUAAAAGAAAUAAUUAUUUUGUGGAAAAUAAAGUUGAAGUUGAUGAUACUGGUAAGUCUAGUGCACAAUAA